AUGAACAUUAUUGUACAAAUUGAUCAUAUGCGAAAGAAAAAACAAGGAGGAAAAGAUGAGUUUGGUACAGAGGAUGCAUUAAUACAACUUGAAAGACGUAAUUGUUUUCAUCAACGUAAACCUGUGUCUAGCGCAGAAUGUUUAGCUUCAAUUAUAGAAAAGGAUAAUCCUCAUAAUUAUUGUGUCGCGACUCAAAAUGAUUCACUUCGCGAGUUGUUUCGUAAUGUUCCAGGUGUUCCAUUAUUAUAUAUUAAGAGAUCAGUUUUAAUAAUUGAACCAGCCUCACGUAUAACAUUGGAAAAAUCUAAACAAAUUGAAAUGGAAAAAACAAAACCAUCAAACGAAGAAAUUUCAUUUUUGACAAAUGCCAAUUCCGAUAUAUUAUUGUUGAAAAAAUCAACAAUGGACGGAUCAGAAGAAAAAAAGAAAAAUAAGCGCAAAGGUCCCAAACAACCAAAUCCUUUAAGUUGUAAAAAGAAAAAGAAAAAUUCUAAUGUUCAUUGUUGA